AUGUUUUGGCUGAACUCCUCCUUGCAGCAGCAGCACUUGGCGCUGCAGCAGCAAGUAACACCUCCCCAGGCCGAACUGCCGCCGGAGCAACAGCUGGCGGGGAGGAACCGGCAGCAACGGGUGUUGCUGGUGCAAAAUCAGGUACUGCAGCAGCGGCUACUGACGCAAGAGCUCCAGGAGGAGCAGCUGCUGCAGUACCCACGGUAUGCAUAUCCAGCAGCGGCUUUGUUUGGAGAUCAACUACAGCAACAAUUGCAAAUACAGCCACUACAGCACCAGCAGCAGAAGCACGGCAUCAAUCUUGCGAGCAACGAUCAGUACAAUCUGCAGGUCCUGCUGCAGCAACGCGCAGCUGAUGCAUUUGCGGCGGCUUCUGCUGCUGCUGAGGCUGCAUCGGAGGCGUUUACUGCAGCAGUGAUAGCAGCAGCAGCUGCUGCUAACGCUUUCAGAGCUGCUGGUUCAGCGGCAACACCAGCAGUAGAUCCAGGCAGCUCCUGA